AUGAUGCCAAAUGGUAGGGCUAAUGGAGUGCCCGAGGCACAAGGCGAUCGAGAUGAUAGGGUGGCGUUGGAAGUGCCGAAUAAUGAAGCGGCGCCCAAUGGACAAAAUGAUGGAGAUAGGAUAUUUGGGGCGGCAAAUGAAGCAGGAGAUGGUGAAAAUGGAGAGCUCGGGAUGCCGAAUCUUGGACUGCCAAUGGUUACCAUCAUGAGGAUGAUGAAGAUGAAGUGCCGGAGGAUCCGGAUAAUUGACAAGAAGGUUCCUCAUCAGCGAGCGAAGUAUGGAGAGUAG